AUGGCGAGCGCUUCCGAAGCCGCCAUCCUGGACGGCAUUGCCCAAGCCUACAAGGACAAGGAGUAUGCUGAUCUAGAGAUCAUCUGCGCCGACAAGACUUGGAAGGCGCACAAGCUGGUGCUGUGCAAGCAAUCCGACUUCUUCAAGAAAGCUUGCAGUGGCGACUUUAAGGAGGGCAAACAAAACAAGAUCGAGCUGCCCGAUGAUGACAAGCAGGCCGUGGACGCAAUUUUGGCUUUUCUGUACACUCACAAGUAUGGAGAUGAAGGCAACUCCCAGAGCGACACCAGUCCCAUGAGUCUUGACAUCCGCGUCUUUACCAUCGCCGAUAAGUACUUCAUCGAGCCACUCAAGGUCUAUGCUGCAAGCAAAUUCCAGCCCCGCACUACUGGUGAAUGGAAGAGUCCGGAGUUCGCCCAAGCCAUUGAGGAGCUGUAUACUGCAGGACCACCCACGGAUCGCUCGCUCCGAAACAUGGUCCUCUCAGUCGUCCGAGAUAACGUCGACGAGCUUUACGGGAACAAGGACCAGUACGCUGCCUUCCACAAGAUCAUUAGCAGCAUUGGUGACUUCGCUGCGGACGUCGCCGAGUCUCUCGCACGUCCAACAUCCUUCCCAAGAACCUGA